UUGACAUUUGCAAACAGUGAUCGUCAGAGUCAGUGACUUGUGCUUUGUGCUACAAAAUUUGAAAAACCCACAAAAUGCCCAUUGAAAACUUGGAAGACCAAGGGCUGGAGAAAAACCCAGACCUCGAACUAGCCCAUUAUAAAUUUCUGUUAACUUUACCCGAAUAUCGAAAUGACCGCUUCGUGCACCAAAAAAUCACAGAAGCCAUCAAAAAAGACGACAUGGCCCCCUGGUACGAGCUCAUCAUCAAAGACGCCGGCUGGAAAAAAGACGCCAACUUUCUCAAAACCAUCCAGGCCAAGAACGCCGAAGAAAUCAAGAAACUGGACGCCGCGAUUGAAGACGCUGAGAAAAAUCUGGGGGAGAUGGAAGUGCGCGAAGCCUAUUUAAAAAAAGCCGAGUAUUAUAGCAGGAUUGGGGACAAAGAAAACGCUGUCACCACUUUCAGGCAGACGUACGACAAGACGGUGUCUUUGGGGCACCGUCUCGACAUUAUUUUCCACUUGAUUAGGAUUGGGUUGUUCUUCAUGGAUCAUGAUCUCAUUACUAGAAACAUAGAAAAGGCGAAAACUUUGAUCGAGGAAGGUGGCGAUUGGGACAGGCGAAACAGGUUGAAGGUCUAUCAAGGUGCUUAUUGCAUGGCGGUCCGUGAUUUUAAAACUGCCGCGAAUUUGUUUCUGGAUACCGUGAGCACGUUUACGUCUUAUGAGUUGAUGGAUUAUAAAGCGUUCGUGCGCUAUACUGUAUACACCUCAAUUAUCAGCCUCCCUAGGAAUCAACUCAGAGAUAAAGUUGUCAAAGGGUCUGAAAUUUUGGAAGUCCUUCACUCUGAACCCUUUGUCAAAGACUACCUUUUCUCUUUAUACAACUGCCAAUACUCUGAGUUUUUCAAUAACCUAGCUGAAGUGGAGACAAUUCUGCGGAAAGACUACUUCCUGAACCCCCACUAUCGCUACUACAUUCGUGAAAUGAAGAUUUCAGCGUACACGCAGUUACUCGAGUCUUACAGAUCAUUAACUUUGCAAUAUAUGGCUGAAGCGUUCGGCGUGACGGUUGAAUUUAUUGACUCGGAAUUAUCGACUUUUAUUGCCGCCGGAAGAUUGCAUUGUAAAAUUGAUAGAGUUGGUGGAAUUGUGGAAACAAAUCGUCCUGACCUGAAAAAUGCACAGUUUAAUUCAGUCGUGAAACAAGGAGAUCUACUGCUGACGCGCGUGCAGAAACUCUCGAGAGUCAUUAAUAUAUAAAUUAUUUUUCUAUUGUUACGAUAGGAUUAAUUAAUAUGGAACGAUUAAUUAGUGUUUUUUUUUUUAAUAAAUUUCCGUUACGGACGUGUACUUGA